UUUAAUCCUAUUCUAUAAACGUGAAAAUACGUACUUCUUUUCUUAUUUUAUUGCCGUCGACUUACCGCUUGCUUCUUCGAAUUAUAUCAAAACUUCACUCCACUUCUUCGUUGAGACAAUACUCCGGGGAAGGUCUGAUUUGAGGAUGAGGAAUUAGUAGAUCCACUCGCUUUCUCACUUCCCGUCCUUAAUUUAAUGGAAACCCCUUUUGACUUUUAGGAAGCGUUGCAGGUAUUUCGCAAUUGACAUGAAACCGGGGACCUAAUAAGUAUCUUAUUGGGAACUUCAAUUGAAAUAAAAUAAUAAUAAAGAAUCCAUUUUUGAAAUUUGAAAAUGAUUUCAAAUGAAAUGAAUAUAUUCAUAUUUAAAAUAAGUCAAUUAAUAAAAAAAAAGAAAUCAAUAAUAAAAAAACGGGACGAAGUGAUACAAAAAGAACUCUGUUCGAUUUUGUUAGUCCUAUCUAUAAGAGGAGAGCAUAUGAAAAAUGUAACCGAUUCUUUCGUUUCCUUGGGUUACUGGCCAUCCGCCGGGAGUUUCGGGUUGAAUACCGAUAUUUUAGCAACAAAUCUAAUAAAUCUAAGUGUAGUGCUUGGUGUAUUGAUCUUUUUUGGAAAGGGAGUGUUAAGUGAUUUAUUAGAUAAUCGAAAACAGAGGAUUCUGAGUACUAUUCGAAAUUCAGAAGAACUACGCGGAGGAGCUAUUGAGCAGCUCGAAAAAGCCCGGGCUCGCUUACGGAAAGUGGAAAUGGAAGCAGAUGAGUUUCGAGUGAAUGGAUACUCUGAGAUAGAACGAGAAAAACAGAAUUUGAUUAAUGCCACUUAUGAGAAUUUGGAACGAUUAGAAAAUUACAAAAAUGAAACCAUUCAUUUUGAACAACAAAGAGCAAUUAAUCAGGUCCGACAGCGAGUUUUCCAACAAGCCUUACAAGGAGCUCUAGGAACUCUGAAUAGUUGUUCGAACAGCGAGUUACAUUUACGCACCAUCAGUGCUAAUAUUGGUAUGCUCGGGGCCAUGAAAGAAAUAACUGAUUAGCCCUUUUACUUUAGGCAU